AGUACUGAAGCUAAAGUAAGUGGUGAAAGCGGCACAUAAUUCAAAGAAGAAGCAGCGUUGCUUCCGAAUGUUAGAAAUCCUCAGUUCAGAGAGCAGUGCGGUCUUCCAAAUCUUCUGGGUGAAACAUAAAGAGACCCAAUGGAGCUAACGGAUCAGAUUACCCAGCUGGAAGCAGACUUGCAGGAGCUGGGUUCCCUCCUGGAGAAGUCAGAGAGGAAAAGGGUGCAGGAGUUGUUAAAACAGGAGCAGAGGAAAGUGGAAAAAGAACUCGCAACUAAACGACAGCAGCAGGAACAGCAUGCUAAGAGAGAGGCAGAUCCAUCUGCAGCCUCUAAAGCCCCAUACACAACAAAAAUCACUAACUAUGCGUGGGACCAGUCAGACAAAUUUGUUAAAAUUUACCUGGAUUUGAAAGGUGUUGACAAAAUCCCAUCAGAAAAUGUAGAGGUCAACUUCACUGAAAGAUCUUUCUCAGUUUUGGUAAAGAAUCUAAAUGGAAAAAAUCACCAGAUGACGGUGCUCAGCUUGUUACACCCAAUCGAUGAAAAGGACAGCUACAAAAAGAUAAAAACAGACAUGGUCUUGAUCAUGUGCAAGAAACAAACCACAAAGAAGUGGGACUGCCUAACAUCAGUGGAAAAGCAGACCAAAGAAAAAGAUAAACCCAGGGCUGACGAUAAUGCAGACCCAAGUGAUGGCUUAAUGACGAUGCUGAAGAAGAUUUACGAAGAAGGAGAUGAUGAGAUGAAGAGAACCAUCAACAAAGCGUGGUCAGAGUCCCAGGAGAAGAAGUUUCGAGGAGAGGAAAUGAUGGACGUCUAGACUUUGCUGUUUCUAUUUCUUUACCGGAGGACCAAAUGAAAGCCUAGAUGCUGCUUCAGGUGUGAUUUGGAGUUUUAAAGUUAAAGAAUCGUAUAACAAAUGGGAUGCAAAUAUAUGAAAACUAUAAAUGGGAUGAGUGUUUGUUGUCUGGCACCUGAAGUUCUUGUUAUGGGCAAAGAAGGAGAUCUAUCCACCAGAUGGCGCUAAAAUCAAAGCUAUCAUUUUCUAGUUUAAGAUCUGAAGAAAUGUAAAAAAAAAAAAAAAAGCCUAAAAAAAGUUGUUGUUUUGUAAGCAUUUUUGUGAUGUUAAUCAGAUCUUCCAUCCUACCCCUAAAUGAUUUUUUUUUUUACAUCGGUAAAUGUACUUUUUUAUUUUAUUCCGAUUCAAAGAUUCAAGAUUCAAAGGGUUUAUUGUCAUAUGCACAGUAAAGAAACGUGUUUCCCUGUACAAUGAAAUUAUGGUAAUUCUAUAAAUGGAUCAAAUGUAUUUCAAAGACAUAGAUACGUUUUUAUUGCCAUAAUCCAAAUUAUUGCAUGAAUCUGUUAAAUGUAACACAAACUGGGACUCGUCAGAUGUCAUUAAUGUGACCUGCAGGAUUUCUACCAUUAAAUCUGCUUGUAUGGUAGCAGUAGUUUCAUUUUCAUUGUAAUAUUUACCUCCUGUACAGCUGUAAUGCAUUCCUCAAACUACUGUUAUGUUUACUCAACAUUGAUUUGAUCAAAAAAUACA